AAGAGCGAAAAAGUUCUCCCCACCCGACGUUUCGAUUCUCAAUCCCACACUCAAUCCCCAAUUCAUCUUUCUAGGGUUUCACUUCUCUCUCAUACUCGCCCGAUUCACCGAUUCAAACCCUAGCCUUCUCAAUUCCGCGCCGCCUUUCUUUUCAAUUUCAAGCUCCUCCGCCGGCCUAGGGUUUCCGGAUUCAAGAACCGGCGAGAAUGGAACUCCCUCAAGAAGUCGACGACUACAUCAAGGAGUCCAUCGACCACGCCCUCGGCCUCCCCGUGUCUUCUCAGACCCUCGAAUUGAAGCUCCGGUGCUCCGAAGAAGCCCGGCGGCGGCUGAGGGACCAGUACAGCCUUCUACUGGCCAAGUUGAAGGAGAAGGAUCAAGCUCUGGAGCGAUCUAGGGCGGAGGCGAGUAUGAAUGCUCAGGCGCUGAGGAAGUUUGUGGAGGAGAAUCGGAGGCUGGCGGCGGAGUGUGAGCAUCUGGUGGGCCAGUGCAAUAAGCUGGAGAAGGAGUGUGCGCUGUAUGAUCAUGACAGGGAGGCGUUGAUGGAUUUCGGGAACGAGGCGGACCAGAGGGCCAAGGAGGCCGAGUUUCGAGUUGAGGAGUUGGAGGAUGAACUGGUGGAGUUGAGAGAGGAGUUGGAGUUUAUGAAGAACGAGAAGCUUUCGGUUGAUUCAUCUGUUGAUGGCUCACAUGUUGAAGACAAGCUAGUGGAGUCUGUUUUAGCAAUAUUAACUAAAGAUGAUCCUGGUGCGGCAUGUGCAUUUUUGGAGGCCAAUAGUGGAAAUGAGGCAUGUCAAAGCUUGCUAAAUAUGUGGAACAGCUUGAAGCCUUCGUCUCAAAAAGUUCUAUCGAUAGUUGCUGAGUUGAAAAAUCUUCAAAACGAUAAAGAGCAUCUAAGGAUGAAUCUGCUUUCUGCUGAAGAGGAGGUCAAAUUGCUUUUUGAAGAGAACAAAGUGUUAGAUGAAACUAAUAAAAGACUACUGAAACAGUACCGUAAGGAAAGAAACAGUUGUGGUUCUGAUGGAAAGCAUACUGAUAGUGUAUCCGCAAAGUCAAACAAAAGAAAAUCGAGCUCUAACAUGAUGAGCAGCAGCCCGAUUCAGGGGAAGAUUGAUUUCAGUGACCAAGAAUCAGCAAGACGGCCUCUCUCACCCUUGCGUUGUAACUCCCCUAACUCAGGACUGCAUAAGAAGCAAUAGUAAAACUUUUGAAAUACUCAAUGUAUAUCUCACCUCUCGUUUGUACCUUCCUAUGUACUCAGCAUAUUGGUUGAAUGGGCAUAAGAUUGCAGAUUUUCAAAGGACUAACUUGUAAGAAUUAUAUGUUACAUCUUCUCACAGUAUCAUUAUGUACCCCUUCAUCUGGUGUCACGGUAAGAAAUGCAAACUUGCAUU